AUGGAUUUCGACAACGAGUCGCUGCUAAAAUGCUUCUGCUCCGAAGAGGAGGAGCAGGAUGUAAUAGCCUGGAACAAGGAGAACGUGCAUGCUCGAUCCGAUGUCUUCGAAUUCAGGCUCGAAGAAGCGGACAAGCUUCGAGAAGAGGGCAACCAGCUCUUCAAGACUGGAGAUUUUGCCACUGCACGGCAGCGGUAUUACGGAGCCGUCUGGCACCUGGACUUCGACAUUGGGCAGCAGUGGAACUUGAUGGAUCAUCACCAGCUUGACCUGAACACAAGGAAGCUGAAAGUCAUCAGCAACAUCUGCGGAGCGUAUCUCAAGGAGAAGGAUUGGGUGAAUACCAAAAAGGCCGCUGACAUUGGUCUGCGGCACAUGGAGAAGGCCGCGCUCACGGACAAUGAUUCCAAAGGGAAGUUCUUGUACCGAAAAGGCUUUGCAAACCUUCAGCGCGGAUUCGCUGAGGAUGCCGUUGAAGCCUUGAAGCAGGCAGAGCUCGCUGGCUACUUGACCAUGUUUGCCCCGGAGAGCAGCGAUGUGGCUCUUCCGAUGAUGUUGGUGAUGUGGUUCUGUUUUGGCAUCUGGCCGUCCCUCCGGAAAAAGGGAGGUUCCGAUACGGUGAACUUUGGCUUGACGUAUGUCUUUGCCCAAGUCCUGAUAACUCUUUGCAUGUGCUUUACGUUUGGCAUGGCAAAUCCGGUGGAUGCCAAACACUUUGACACCGAGCAGUUUACACAAACGCUUCAGAAGGACAUCUCGGAGAAGCUCGCUUGCAUUCUAGGUAGACAUAGACUGGAAGGGCCCUUUGCACCGAGGAAGUCCUUUGCCGUUCUCACUGCUAUGAUUGCUGGCGUUUCGCUUUGCAGUGGAGAUUUCAUUAUGGCCAAGGCCAUAGAUGUGCUGCUGGGACUGGCACCGUCAUGUGCGAAUUUCCUCUUCAGUGGAUACAGACGCCUGCUAGGCCUGGCUGUGGCGUGUCCCAUCGGCUUUGGCUUGGCACUGACUUAUGGAACAGCACUGACUUAUGCGAUCGAGCCCAAGGCCGAUCCCCACCUGCUCUUCCCCGGGCUGGGCGCUUGCUUGCUGGGAAUGCUGUGUAAUGCUGCUUCGCAGGCUGAGCCACGGAAAUCUGCAGGAGCAUCCGAGGACGACGUCCGCAAAUCCAAAGCCGAGUCCUCGGACAAGACGUCGCCCGUGGCGGUGGAAGAGGUGAAGAUUGUGGCAUCUCAACCAUCGCAGGGCCACGGCGGCCACGGUUGGUAUGUGUUCCUCCUGCCCAUUGCAGGUGGUUUGGGUUGCGGCAGCAUGUCGCCAAUCACUACCGCCGCUGCAACAGAAGGGCAGCUGCAUCCCUUCAGCCAGCUGUUUUCCUUCAUGAUGGGACAGCUGGUUGCGAUUUUCCCGCUGGUGUCUGCCUUCUACUGGAUAGCCCUUGGAAGCGAAGGGCGAAGAGGUCGAUCACCUUGGCAGAUACCUUGCGCAAUCUGGAAAGGUUACUUCAAGCAGUAUCGAAAGGCGCUGAUGUGGGAUGCCCUUGCCGGCAUCUGUGUGGGCUUAGGUUACUUCAUGUUCAUGACAGGUACGCCUGUGGUUUCCAAGGCCGUUGGCUGGAUCUUUGGGAGCUCCAGCUUGCUGCUGUCGGUCGUCAUGGGGGUUCUGGUCUUCAAGGAGCUCAGGGGGAAAAGCAGCAGGCAGCAGAUGCUGUGCGCCUUUUGCGUAGUCUUUCUGGUCACCGCGCUGGCCCUGAUGUGCGCCGCUUCCAUUUAG